AUGUGUAUGAGCAAAGCUUGGAGCAAUGCAUCACAGCAAUGCCCAGCACACCCGGAGGUCUUGACCGAGUACUCGCAGAGCCGGGCCACGGUGCGCUCAGAGAAUGAGAGCUUGGCCAUGUCUGCCCACAAGUUCCUGGGUACUGCAGCCGACGAGCCACAUGAGCAGUCGCUGGAUGUUCGUCAGGUUACACUGCCGCCCGUUUCUCCUGGCGCUGGCUCCGGCUCGGCCACAGCGUUGAGGCCGCGUGUGGUCUUCUUGUCUUGCUUAUGCACGGGUGUACAAGACAUCGGCGUGUCACCUCGCCUGCCUGUAAUUGCAGAUCUGGUGCACCGCCUGAAGUCGGCGCCCCGCAUCAACCAGACGGACGAGGAGAUUGUGCACAGCAAAAGCGUGACGGUCAGGUUAGCUGUUAGCUGGUGGCACCCCUCUAUCGCACGCUACGCCACGCCAAGGGCUUCGGAAGGGCAGCGGACAGUCUUCACAUCUUACCGGCUACCGGCCUUCUUUCGCAGGGCGCAGCCGGGAAGAGCGUGGGUGGCUGUGGCCGUAUGUCACAGGGAGCAGCAGCGACUGGCACAGCGCCGGGCGGACAUGGCCACGGAGUGCUUUGACCGCUUAAUCAUCGAGGAUGAAGAGAAGUAUGAGGCCACAAAGCUGCGGGAAGCGAUGCAUCAACUCUCCAUGGAGGACGAUCCGACGCGUCCACGCCGUAGCGCCACCCCGGCAGCGGUGCCUUUCUCCUCCGGCACGCGAUCGAACGGGUUCGACAAGGCCACGUCUAGCCGUGGCUUUGCAUCAACCAUGCGUUCGACCACAUCGCGUGUUAGCCACGCCGACCGAGAGGAGGCGGCCAGAGACAAAGUGCUUGGCACUAAGCGCGACUUCGAGAUCCACCGGACUGAGGUGCUCACAAAGAGCGUGGAGCACGACCGGGCCUUGAAGGACCGGGUCCUCGAGCAGCAGGCUGCAGUCAAGUGGAGGAUGGCCAGCCGACUCUUGGAGGAGCGGCUCCGCUGGCGCCUGAAGUACAACCAGGCCAAGGGCGUCAUGCUGCCAGGGCGUUAA